UCCGGCGGAAGGAAGAUGGCGGCCGAGGGCAUGAUCCUUACCAAUCACGACCACCAAAUACGUGUCGGGGUGUUGACAGUGAGUGACAGUUGUUUCAGGAACCUCGCAGAAGAUCGCAGCGGGAUAAACCUUAAGGAUUUAGUCCAAGAUCCUUCAUUAUUGGGCGGGACUAUAUCAGCGUAUAAGAUUGUGCCAGACGAAGUAGAAGAUAUUAAGGAAUCAUUAAUAGACUGGUGCGAUGAGAAAGAACUUAACCUGAUCCUAACAACAGGAGGAACUGGGUUUGCUCCAAGAGAUGUUACUCCAGAGGCCACGAAAGAAGUAAUAGAACGGGAAGCCCCAGGAAUGGCCUUGGCAAUGCUCAUGGGAUCCCUCAAUGUUACACCCCUAGGAAUGCUCUCUAGACCAGUUUGUGGAAUCAGAGGCAAAACUCUUAUCAUCAAUUUACCUGGGAGCAAGAAAGGUUCACAGGAAUGCUUUCAGUUUAUACUGCCAGCCCUACCUCACGCUAUAGAUCUAUUGAGGGACGCCAUUGUAAAAGUAAAAGAAGUUCACGAUGAGUUGGAAGACUUGCCAUCUCCGCCACCUCCACUCUCGCCUCCACCAACAACAAGUCCUCACAAACAAACAGAAGACAAAGGGGUGCAGUGCGAGGAAGAAGAGGAAGAGAAGAAAGAUAGUGGUGUUGCAUCGACAGAAGAUAGUUCAUCUUCACACAUAACACCAGCAACUAUUGCAGCAAAGACUCAUCCAUCCAUCAGACCCUCCUGCCAUUCUAAAGUUCACAAGAUCCCAGAACACAGUUGUUCCCACCAUUCUUCCAUCAAUGCAUCAGAAAUGACCCAUGCAAGCGUUAUUCAUCAAGAUAAAGGUCACAGGAUCCUAGAACACAGUUGUUCCCAUCAUGCUUCCAUCAGUGCAGCGGCAAUGAUCCAUCCACCCUGCACCAACCUUGCUGAAAUUAUGGCUAAAGGUCAUGCGCCUAUCCCGGGUGUCCGUAAGACUACAACCAGUGGUGAGGACCUGAUUCCAGAUUCCAUCAUUUCUCGUGGGGUGCAGGUACUACCACGAGACACUGCAUCACUCAGCACCACUCCCUCAGAAUCACCGCGGGCGCAGGCUACAUCAAGGCUUUCCACUGCUUCCUGUCCAACGCCAAAACUUCAUCGAAAACUGGAGAAUCUCAGAGAUCACCUUCAAGGCAAUGACAAAGGAUACUCUCUCCGAGUAAAUGCUCGGCUUCCUUCCUGCUCAUCCACCUAUAGUGUUUCGGAGCUCCACUAUAAAUUGGAAGGGCUUAAAGAUGAACUCAGGAGGAGUAGAGGCUGCGAAACAAGAGUCCAAUCCAGAUGUAGCAGCAAGGAAAACAUCCUUAGAGCCAGUCACAGCGCAGUUGAUAUCACUAAGGUAGCAAGAAGACACCGCAUGUCUCCGUUUCCGCUAACAUCCAUGGAUAAAGCCUUCAUUACAGUCCUGGAGAUGACUCCAGUUCUAGGGACUGAAAUAAUAAAUUAUAGAGGGAGCAUUGCCUGGUCUACAAGACUCCCUAUGCCAGCUUGGCGCUCUCCACAAGGAGAAAAUGAAUUCCUCCAUGCCUCCUCUGCCCCAAUUACAUUGUAUGGAAUGGGCCGUGUUCUUGCCCAAGAAGUAUACGCAAAAGACAAUUUACCACCGUUCCCAGCAUCAGUCAAGGAUGGGUAUGCAGUAAGAGCGGCGGAUGGCCCUGGAGAUCGUUUCAUCAUCGGCGAGUCUCAGGCUGGUGAACAGCCAACUCAGACAGUGAUGCCAGGGCAAGUGAUGAGGGUAACAACUGGUGCUCCAAUUCCUUGUGGUGCGGAUGCAGUGGUACAAGUGGAAGACACUGAGCUGAUCAGAGAGUCAGAUGAUGGGACAGAAGAACUGGAAGUCCGUAUAUUAGUCCAAGCCCGCCCAGGCCAAGAUAUCAGACCUAUUGGGCAUGACAUCAAAAGAGGGGAGUGUGUACUGGCCAAGGGAACACACAUGGGACCCUCCGAAAUUGGCCUGCUGGCAACAGUUGGAGUCACAGAAGUUGAAGUCCACAAGUUUCCAGUAGUUGCAGUUAUGUCAACAGGAAAUGAGCUCUUAAAUCCUGAAGACGAUCUUAUGCCAGGGAAAAUUCGUGACAGCAAUCGCUCUACUCUUCUAGCAACAAUUCAGGAACACGGCUACCCUACCAUCAAUUUGGGUAUAGUGGGAGACAACCCAGAUGACUUAUUAAAUGCCUUAAAUGAAGGUAUCAGCCGUGCUGAUGUUAUUAUCACUUCAGGGGGUGUAUCCAUGGGAGAGAAGGAUUACCUUAAGCAGGUGCUGGAUAUUGAUCUCCACGCACAAAUCCACUUUGGUCGAGUAUUUAUGAAACCAGGCCUGCCUACCACCUUCGCCACCUUGGACAUUGAUGGAGUUAGAAAAAUCAUAUUUGCACUCCCAGGCAACCCUGUGUCAGCAGUAGUUACCUGUAAUCUUUUUGUCGUACCAGCACUAAGAAAGAUGCAGGGAAUCCUGGAUCCAAGGCCUACAAUCAUCAAAGCCAGGUUAUCUUGUGAUGUAAAGUUGGAUCCUCGCCCAGAGUACCAUCGCUGCAUACUUACGUGGCAUCACCAGGAGCCACUGCCUUGGGCACAAAGUACAGGUAAUCAGAUGAGCAGUCGCCUGAUGAGUAUGCGCAGUGCCAAUGGACUGUUGAUGCUACCUCCAAAGACAGAGCAGUAUGUGGAACUUCACAAGGGAGAAGUGGUGGACGUCAUGGUCAUUGGAAGGCUAUGAUGACAAACGCAAGAGAGAAGCAAUUGAUGCAUGUCCACAUAUCAUUGACUGUAUCCUGUAAUAUGCAACGGCACAGCUAGUUUUUAUGAUUUGGAUAAAGUUGAUCAGUGUAGUCAACAUCUUGAACUAAAAUUUCAAAAAAUGACUGACUUUGAGGAGGAAAAAAAAAACUGAAAAAAAUAACCUUUUUUUUCCAAAAAAAAUUAUAAAAAAAAAAAGUUCUUAUAAAUCCUUAUUCUGAUUAUAUCAAGGCAACUUUUCCUUCAUUGCAAUUGCUUUGUGUGUUAAAAUGCUAGGUCUAAUAGCAGUAGCUUUUAGUAGACAGCAGUAGAUGCCUGCAAACGUUGUGUUUCUCUCAUCCUUAAAGUACAAAAUACUUAAGCUCUUAAUCAAGGCUGUCUGCUUACUUUAUACUAGCUUAGAUGACACUGCUGUUUCCCUUAUCAGUAUGCUUCAUAACCGCUUCACAAGAGAGCGCUGCUUGUUCUUUAUCUUGUAUAACGUGUUGAUGUGCACAGUGCCAAAAGCAAAAAGUGGUUGCGCCUGGAUCAAGACUCCCGUCUUCUUAACAAGGAGGAGAGACGUCCUGGCAAUCACUCCGCUCAGUACUAUUGGGCAGUAACUGAAUACCUUUUCUUUGAAAAAAAAAUUGCUUCCUUAAGUGCUGACAGCCUUUUUAACCAAUACAUUUAAAAAAAAUGUACAGAAAAAAAUAAAUCAAAAACUGAUCUUGUACAGAUUACAGUGUACCAGCAUUCAUGUGGAAAAAAAAGAAGCAAAGAAUCUAUUGAAGAACUCUGUACCAUAACAUUUUCUGUAAUGAUAUUGAAACAAGAUGAAUUAAAUCCUUGACCAUUAUUUAAAAAAAAGAAUAAAAUCUG